AUCGAGUGAAGAGUGAUGGUGAAAAGUGGUCCCUUCUCAAUAGAUUCAAGCAUAAAAAGGUAUUAUUGUAAAUGGCUGCUCGUCAGGGGCGGCAUUUUUUCAGCGACAUUUUGCCAAACCUUAAAAAGAAAUUUCUGUUCUCCAUCGAAAAAUGGGUCGAUUCAUUCGAGAGCGUAGAAAAUAAGACAUUUUUUUUAACAAGAUAUUGGUAUGGUGCCAAUAAUAAAUUGAAAAAAAAGUCAUUUCUUUCGAUGGGCAAUAUUUACUUUAAACAAAAUAUAUUGUAACAUUUUUUCAAAACAAACGUACAUUUUUUGCAAAGUUGUAGACCAACAACAGGAAACUAUACAUACUUUUUCUUGACCAACAACAAGAUAUUUGACAAAGAGGGCGCUUUCUUAUGGAACUUUCUAUGUACAGCUGUUGGCGCCCUCUUUGGUAUGUUUUAAGAACUAAGAAAGUGUCCUAUCAUUGUUGUAGACUACGGGACAAGUCCAAUUAGCACAUUUCAUCACGGCCGUAAGUGAUUAAGUUAAAAAAUAAUAAGAGUUAGAAGUUGUUGUUAGCAAUUCGUCAAUUCUUUUCAAGCGUGAAGAUAAGCUAUUGUAUAGUCGAUGACAAAUCAAUGUUCUAGUAAUACAUAUAAAGAAAAAAUCCAUACAGCGGCACUCUCUUGCGAGCUUGGUUUGUUCGUAUUUUUAUCGUCACUGACACAAAUUAGCUGAAUACUCCUGCGAUGUGCAAACCAACACAUAAAACUUACUUUAAAAUAUCAAACGUCCAUACGAAUGAGACGUAGUAAAGCGAAAGAGAAGGAACGAUAUGUGUAUGCGACGAAUUGUAUGGCGCGCUAUAACGCGUCUCUCUCGCUUUGUUUCAUCUCAUCCGCUUGCCCCGUUGCGGCUUACGAGCAAGGAGAUACACGCACAUAGCGUUUGCUGAGUGUUUACACUCUUGUUGUCGGUUAAAAGUUAACGGUAUCUUGUUUAUGUUUUGUCUCAUCUCAUGCAAUUUUACUUACACUUUAUUGCGAAAUCUUAAUGAAUAAGAACAAAGAGAAAUGUUUUUUCAUAUUUUAUGAAAGACUUCUUAUUUUCGAAGGAUAAAAUAAUGAAUUAUUAAUGAUUUUAAACGAAUCAGUAGACGGAUAAUGAGUGAUACACCAUAAACGAGAGCGAAAUUAAUACACAAGAGAUCAAUCCUGUGCAUACAUCAAUGCGUGUAUCGACACUUUGUUUGUUUUACAUUCAUCGCUAUUAAAAUCGAGGUUAAAAUGGGGUGACUGAUAUCAUUUUGAGUGACGCUUUGACGCUGUAUUAUCUCUGGGUACGAAGUUCAAAAGUGUUUUUCGCAUUCACUAUUGUGAUCAAGGGCGUAGCCAGGAUUUUAUUUAGGGGGGGGGGGGGGUGUUCAAAAAGAAAUAUUCAGAAAAUCGAGGACAUUUUUUUCACGUGUAACUAUUUAUUAAUUUUCGAACAAAAUAUAAAUUGGUCAAUAGAAUCUGUUAUCAAUGAACAGUUAAUAUGAUAUGAUUUUAAAAAAGCACUUUUCGAGGAUCUUUUCAAACUUCUCAAGUCCUUAUUCCUGUAUUUGUUUAAUGUUUUCUUUGACCAUUGCGCGGUGGACGCUCAACAUGCAUAAACCAUUGAGGCGACUUUCACCCAUAGUAGAGCGCAGCCAAGUUUUCACACGCCUCAAUGUGCUAAACGAUCUUUCAAUAUUGCAUGUAGUGGCCGGCUGUGAUAGUGAUAUUUGCAACGCAUGUUUCACAGAUGGGAAAAAUAUUUCUGCUUCUUCAAUCACCUCACACAAAUCUAAGUCUUUCAACUGCUCGUCAUUUAGCUUUUUAUCUUUCCAAAGAGUUUGCCACAUAUGGAAUUCACUUUUCAAAUUUGUCAACUUGUAAAAUUCAGAACAUUUCUCUAUGUUCGAAUUCAGCUCGUCGAUGUCUUUUGUCAGUAGAUUAUAUGGAUGUAAUGAAUGUAAUGAAUACGAUGCUGAAUAUUUAUCCGAAAAUCGAUCAUCUAAUGAAGUAAUUAAUGAGUCUAAAUACGGAAUCAACAAUGAUCUUUUCCAGAAAUCAUGUGGAUUUGAUGAUGGAUGGUUUGAUCGAUGCUUUUGUCUUCCUGUAAUUCUCGGCAAUUCAAGUUCUAUACCGAGUAUUUCGGCAACAACACUCGCUUCAUCCAAAAUAUCUUGCAUAAUGCUGUCUGCUUUUUCGCGGUGUUCUGAAAUAAGUGACUUGAUUCGUUUAAUAUGUGCCGCACACUGAAAUAGAUCAACACUUUUGGAUUGUAAUGCGUUCACCACUGGUUCAAGUAUUGCCGAGUAUUUUGCAAUAAUAAAUAAACAUAAAACAAAUAUGAGUUUUGUGCCCGCAGCAUGUAGUUGAAAUGCAGACUUUCUAGUUUCAUAAUUGCCUUCCCUGGUCAAAUCAUCCAAUCCAGUUAUUAUCGUUUCAAAGUGCCUUUUGAAUAUGUCAAUACUUUUGUAUUUGUGCGACCAUCGUGUUGCGCAAAAAGCAGGAAUAUUCGGAACAUACUUUCUUCUCAAAGUCGAUUCUCUAAAGAAGUUUAUAAUAUCUUUAAUUGUUGAAAUGGUGUUACGUAUUUCCGGAACUAUAUUCAAGUCGUUCACAACCAAAUUUAUGUUAUGAUUUGCACAAUGAAAGAAAAGAGCAUUUGGAUAUUUUUCUUUCAAAAUGGCUUGAACUCUUCCAAUGUGACCAGCCAUAGUAGAACAGCCAUCGUAGCUCUGUCCAACGCAUUUGAUUGGAUCUAAUUCACAGUUUUCAAUGAAUUGGUCAAUAGCUGCAGCAAUCGAUUUGGCGUCCAUUGCAUGUAAGGUGACAAAUCCUAAAAAUUCUUCACAAAUUAACUUUUUCUGAUCGUCAUAAAAUCGUACGCCGAUCGAUAAUUGUUCCUUUCCAGAAAUAUCCGCAGUUUCAUCUGCCAUUAUGCUGUAAGCUGCAGCAAGUGAAAUUUUUGAUAUUUAGCUUGAAAUGCACAGUCUUUGGUGCGUCACUUGUCGGACUACCGUCCUCCGUGAUAAUGUGCAUUGAAACUGUACAGUAACACAACAGCACAAUGCGCUGCACUACUCUUACUAAUGCGAAGAUUUAGAAUGGUCGCAAAUUUGCUGCGGCGGCACAACUGUUAUCUCUGAACAUUUAUAUGAGUAUUUGAUGGCUGUAUAUAUUCGAGUUAUAUGUGCAUCUCGUCUCAGUUGCUAGGGAAAUUUGGAAUGAAAGCAGUUGUUGUGAAAAUUCGAAGUUCCACUGUUUGACAAAAAUAUGGCAUUAAUAAGUGAUAGUUGGAUGUUUGAUAUAUCAAUCGUUUUAGUUGGUGUGAUCACUUUGCUCUGUCUGUAUUUUAAACGAACGUAUUCGUACUGGGAUCGCAAGAGAUUCAAAUCGGUUCCGGGUGUAAACUAUUUAUUUGGAAAUUUCACGGGAACAUUUUUGGGAAAGGAACAUAUCAUUGAAUCGCUGGAUGCAAUUUACAAAUGCAUAAAUGAACCGUUUGUUGGAUUUUACACGAUACUUCGUCCGCUCCUCCUUAUCCGCGACCCAGAACUCAUUCGGUCGAUUUUAAUGACGGAUUUCUGGAAUUUUACUGACCGCGGGGUGCACUGUAAUGAAGACUAUGAUCCAUUGUCAGCAAAUGUGCAAGCAUUACCUGGUCCAAAGUGGAAGAUCAUACGUGGAAAGCUUACACCGGCAUUUACACCUGGAAAGUUGAAGGCGAUGUUUUCGACUCUGCUGGAUUGUGGUUUAACUUUACAAAAUUAUCUAGACAAAUUUGCCGACACUGGUGAAAUGCUUGAUGUGUGCGAACUUUCACCCGGCCACGCAAUAAACAUUAUUGCUUCGGUUGGAUUUGGUAUUGAUGCCGAUGCAAUAAAUAAUCCAAAUGAUGGAUUCCGAAAAUGUGGCAUGAAAUUUUUUGAGGCAAGCUUAUCAAAUUUAAUUCGUACUUUUAUGACAUUCAUAGCACCAAAAUAUUUGAGAGUACUACGCAUCAAAUCUGUUUGUACCCAAGUGGAAACAUUCAUUAAAACAGCUGUAAAACAAAAUUUGGAAUAUCGUGAACGAAAUAAUGUCGUUCGCAAGGACUUUUUCCAACUCAUGAUUCAGUUGCGAAAUAGCGGUACUGUUCAGUCGGACAAUGAAUGGAACACUGCGAUUCAAGCCAAUGAAAAUGAAAAAACGAUGACAUUGAAUGAAAUCGCGGCUCAUACAUUUAUUUUCUUCACGGCCGGCUUUGAAACCACGUCGACGGCUUUAGCUUUUGGCAUGUACGAAUUGGCCAAAAGUCCCGAAAUCCAAGAGAAAUUGCAUAACGAAAUCAAGAAUGUUAUAGAACGAUACGAAGGAAAGAUAACAUACGAUGCCAUUUCCGAGAUGAAGUAUUUGAACAAUUGUGUUGAUGAAAUAUUAAGGAAGCAUUCGGGUGGAUUGUUGUUAACUCGAACCAGCCUGAGAGACUAUCAGAUACCCGGAACAACACAAAUUAUUGAGAAAGGUACCGAAGUAAUUAUUCCCAUAUAUUCAUUGCACAGAGAUGAAAAAUACUACGAAGAACCCCUAAAAUUCAAUCCUGAUCGAUUCAACGAAGAGAAUUCAGUGGAGAAAAAUCAAAUAAAUCGUCCAUACUAUCCGUUCGGAGGUGGUCCACGCAAUUGUAUUGCCAUGGGAUUGGGCAAAUUACAAACAAAAGUCGGACUGGUUAUGAUGUUACAGAAGCACAAAUUUGUUUUGGAAGAUAAACUCAAAAAUCGUGAACUGGUAUUGGAUCCGAAAUCAUUUUUUCUUUCACCAGUAGGAGGAAUAAAGCUCCAUAUUUUCAAGCGAUAAACAAUACUGAUUAUUAUAAUAAUAAUAAUUCGUGAUAGGGCAUCAGCUGCCACGUUAUCCUUACCUUAUAUGUAAAUCACUUCAAAAUCAUACUCGUCAAGAUCUAAUCUGAUUCGCAAUAGUUUCGAUGUCGGAUCUUUCAAUUUGUACAAAUACACUAAAGGCUUAUGAUCAGAUUUUACAAUAAACUUUGUGCCAUAAAUAUAUGGUCUAAAUGCUUUGAUUGCAAAAUAAA